AACACUGCGGCCGCCGAGGCGCGUCGCGUUUUCAUACCCGAAAGUACGAGACAAGUCGCCAAGAUUUUCGACCGCCAGUACCACUCCCCCUCCAAGGUGUUGAAGUUGGAGGACGACCCUUGGGGGUCAUGUGCCAUGUACUCGCCGGAUAAGAUGAAGUCCGGCGGGGGUCUGAUGGCUCCGCCCGGCUGUUUUCCGGGACGGUACAGCCCCACGUACCGGAGCUCCGACCCGCGCCGGUGCGUGCCUAAUCCAUCGAGUCGGAUAUUGGAGGAUGCGUCGCUGAUGUGCAACUCCUGGUCACCGAGACACAAUGGUGAUAUCUUCGGUGGCCUAAACGACGGUCUUCUUAGCAGAGCGGAGGCUUUAGCUGCAGUGGACAUCGGGAAGCACCAAUCGGGACCACAGCCAGGCCCACCAUUACCGCAGCUGAAGCACGACAUGGUCUACCAUCAUGGGGUCGGGGGACCGCCCCCUCACAACGCGAGGCCGCAUCAGAAGCCUUUCUUUCCUCAGAUGGGUCACCACGGAAUGGAAGGGAUCGACAUGCUGGAUCCGCUGACAUCGUCCUCUAUGACCACAUUGGCGCCGAUGGGCGAAGGCGCACCACCACAUCACCAGCUCCACGGCUAUGGCGCAAUGAACCACGUUAUGAACCAUCACCACCAUCCUGGUGGGCUCGGACACGCACCUCCCGCGCAUUUAGGACACCCCGCUGCUGCUCUACAUCCCGAUACCGACACAGACCCUCGAGAACUCGAAGCCUUCGCUGAACGAUUCAAACAGAGACGGAUCAAGCUCGGCGUCACACAAGCGGACGUCGGCAAAGCGCUUGCGAAUUUGAAACUGCCGGGAGUGGGGGCGCUCUCGCAGAGCACGAUCUGUCGCUUCGAAAGUCUAACGCUCAGUCACAAUAAUAUGAUCGCUCUUAAACCCAUACUGCAGGCGUGGCUCGAGGAAGCGGAAGCGCAGGCCAAGAACAAGAGACGGGACCCGGACGCGCCAAGCGUCCUGCCGGCUGGCGAAAAGAAACGCAAGAGGACAUCCAUAGCGGCACCGGAGAAACGAAGUCUAGAAGCGUACUUCGCAGUCCAGCCGAGGCCUUCCGGCGAGAAGAUAACCGCAAUCGCAGAGAAGCUGGACCUCAAAAAGAACGUCGUGAGGGUUUGGUUCUGUAACCAACGACAGAAACAGAAGCGGAUGAAGUUCGCGGCGCAACACUGACCGGCGGGCGGCAGCGCGGCGCUGCUGUACCCCGGCGCCGGGUACGGGUACUGAGACGCCGGCUGCGACUGCUCUCCUCGACGCUCGAUCCUCCCGACUGCGAGUCGAAGCGCAACUAGUCCUUAGUGUAGAAACUGUUCACCGCGACCCAUACGACGACGCAUACGUUUGUUUGUACUCGUUCUGUAACUUCUCAUAUGUUUUUCGAGACACAGGGUACGUAAUAUCGAUUAUAUACAUAUCAUUACAGAUUGAUAGACGUCGCUUUCUCAUACAUCGUUUAGUUCGUACUCGCCGUGUUUCACGUUUCGGAGCAUUUAAACUAUAUGUGUACAUGAAAAUUGAAAUUCAGGAUUUUUAAGAGAAUGUGCCUUGCAAAUAAUCAAUAUUCUGUGUUUAAUGUUAGAAACUCGGUCGCUGCGAGUCGCAAGAGCCGGACCGGACGGAUUAGGUGUGCCCCCGGUUCUGUUCGACACCUCACAUAUUUCCGACUACAGUGUGCUUAGUGCGAGUUUCUUAACGUUCUCGAUAGUGUAAUAGUUAACCCAAUUUUGUAUGCAGUUGGAACAGCGCCCCUAGCGGCAAACGUACGCAAACGAUCCCAUUCCAUUGAGAUAACUUUUACGCUAUCGAGAACGUUAAAAAACUCGCACUUAGCACACUGGUUGCACUGUGCGUGCCCGCAAUAGUGUCAUGCGGAACAGAGCCACGCUCUUAUUUCUCUUCGUGUUUCGCUAAAUUCUAAUAAAAAUAAAAACGUUUCUGUACGCAUGACACUCGUCCCGAUUGCGCAAUGUUUACAUUGUGUUCGAUGACAUUAUUGUUAGACGUUAUGUUCUGAUAUUAUUCAAUUGAAACUGUACAAAAUAAUCGUAAGUGUAUCUUUUAUGUUUGUUAUGUAUGUAUAUAAAAUUAAAUGUUUUUUUUUUUAAGACCGUUGAAUCUACACACUGUUUAUUUGAAAAUUUUAACAUAACCUACAAAAUGGCACAACUUUAGUCUAAUAAGGUCAUUAGUGACGUUUAGCUAAAAUAGUAUUUUAAAACUCAUUUGUAAAUAUAACACAUUUCGUUUUAAAUUUAGGAUCUAGGUUUAAAAAUACGUAUAGUUACUAAAUCGAAAGGAAUUAGUACAACGCCGAAGGAUUCAUGCUCUUUUUACCGUAUCGAUAACAAGCACGUAUUAUUUAUUAAGACAUAAAAUGCUUGUAGCUUUUAAUUUCGUAGAUUCAUUGAUGCCAAAAAGUUUCUAGAAGAUCAUUGCCAAGUUUAAAAUUGUUUUGAAAUUUAAAUGAAAUAAAUAAGUAUUUUAUUAACUUGGCUGUUUAUUGCAUGAAUCCAUGAAUGUGGUGCACGCCACAGCUUAAGAGAUAACGAAAAUUAAAAAAAAAAAAACGAAAAACAAGAACUUUGCGAAUUUUAUAAAUAAUAUUUUUAAAAGAUAUUUUGUAAAUAUAAAUUUAACGGAAAAAAAAUUAGUUUAAAAACAAGUGCAAUCUAGACAUCGAUAAUUUUAGUAUUAAAUAUUUUACUAACGUUAAGUAACUGUCAAACGAAAUUGAAACGACGGCCAUUUUGUCUAACUGUAAAAUCGAUUACAAUAUUGAUUUGACAAUUUAAAACUAUCAGCAGACACUCAAUAGCGUUACCUACCAAACAAACCUAAGAAUGCUAAUAGAUAAAAAUAUGACUGUAUCUGUUCUUGCAUAAAAAAAGGCUAUCGUAAGCGUUAAGCCUGUAUGUACUUAGAACUUGUUGCUGAGUUUUUGUUAAUAUUAAAAAUGAUUUCUAAGCGGUGUUCUUGUACUAAUGAUUCCUAUCUGAAUUUAGGUGGUUUAGAAACAUAAAGUCCGUGUAGUUAUAUGUUCCGUUUUAAGCACUUUGUCUACAAUUAACACUGUAAAGAAUUCCAGCUUAGAGAGGUUAGAGAAAGAGAAAAAUGAUCUAUUAGGUGACACCACCGUAGCAAAUGGCGUCAAAAAAAAAACGCCAAAAGUCAUUAUAUAUAUUAUUUUUUUAUUGCUUAGUUGGGUGGACGAGCUCACAGCCCACCUGGUAUUAAGUGGUUACUGGAGCCCAUAGACAUCCACAACGUAAAUGCGCCACCCACCUUGAGAUAUAAGUUCUAAGGUCUCAAGUAAGUAACACCUCACCCCGCUUACAAUUUUUGUUAGUCUUAUCAAGAUUGCUCAAUAAAAUUAAUUAAUUGUAAUAAAUAAAUAAAAAUAUUUUUUAAAUUAAAUUCAUAAUU